GCGCGUGAAUGAAUUGACAUGUAGCGCAUGCAAAACUUAAGCUGCGAGAAGAAGCAGUAGUGAAUAACAAUCAUGUCGUCGCGACCAGCGCCAGUGACGCGCAAGUCAGCCAAAUCGGAAUACAUCGAGACGGAUACUGGCAACAAGAUCUCCCGCAAGGCGAAGAUUGAGGGCAAGCCGAACAUCAUGCUGGGCGGCAGGACCGUCAUCAUGGCAGAUGUCUACAUGCGUGGUGAUUUACAUCGCUUCUCAAGCUCUGGUGACGGCGGUGCGGCACAGCCGACUACCGCUAUCAGCAUAGGAAGAUACACAGUAGUUGCGACUGGCUGCACUUUGAAGCCACCGUCAAGAAUCAGCCGCGGACAAAUGGCCUACUAUCCAAUGCGCAUCGGCGACAAUGUAUUUAUUGGACCCAACUGCCACAUUUCGGCCAUUGCGAUCAGUUCUCACGUUUACAUCGGCGCCAAUGCUGUACUCAGCCCAUUCUGUAUCAUCAAGGAUAACUGUAAAAUCCUACCCGACACUGUGGUACCUCCCAACAUGGUGGUUCCAGUGGGCAGUAUCGUUGGAGGUAAGCCCGGCAGAAUUAUCGGAGAGGUUGGUGAGGGAUGGGGUGUCGGAGGUGGUGCUAGUGGUGAGAGCUGGGUCGAGGGCGGUGAAUUACGUGAUCUGGUCAGAAGUAUCAGAUGAGAAGAAAAACGAUCAAUUGGCAUUCCAAUGGGAGCUAUUCGAUAUGUUAAAGAAAAUGAUCAAAAAUCAAAAAAUCAAAAACCAAUGAUUAACCAACA